AUGGAUCGUCUUUUGGACUUCGGCAAGGUCUAUGAAGGGGUGGUCACUGUCUUGAGACCUGUUGAAGAAGCCGACCACCCCAACCGCAACCGCGGCGAUGCCGAAAGUCAUCGUUUGAAGAUGAAGCUCACCAACAUCCACUACUAUCGUUAUCGAAUUGAUCUCAACUCUCCUGGUGCCCUCAGGUACGACUAUGACUCCGAGAAUGAGAAGAUAACUUUCUACUUGGCCGACGAAGGUCACGUAGACGCUUGCAACCAAUUGAAUGCCAUUAUCAAGAAGGAACUCGAAAACUUCACCAUUGAGCUUACAUCUAUUGGCGUCAGCUGCAACUUGCAUGCAUACAACACCUGCGAAUACACCGAUGAUGGUCCGAUCAGAAACCUCCCCAUCGACGAACAUUACGAGGAAAGAGUCUCUGUCGCUAUCGCUAGGAUCGAUCAUCGGAUCACUGGGAUACCGGAAGAGAUCACCGAUGACUUUACCGCCGAUGAAAUGAUUGACUCGGUCGUCGUACGCACUGACAUCACCGAAGACGAUAGACAACUCAACGUUUAUCUCUACACCUACUGUGGCAUGACUCUCGCACAACAUAAUGUCAUCGAUGAAAUCCCACUGGAAGACGAUGAUACCCUUCCUCACGGUGAAGUCAAGAUCCCCUUGUCCUCGCUUAUGCCAUGGAAAGAGUUUCUCAAAGCCGUCUGCCCGAGGAUGCAAAAUGCAUUCGUCGCCAUCCCCUACAAGAACUUCGAGACGUUUGUUCAGGAAUAUGUGGAGGAGGCUGGCAUUGAGGCUGCUGAGACGGGCGAUGAAGUCGAAGAUGCUCAUGGUUCUGAUAGGCCGGACGAAGACUCUGGAGAUGGUGCUGGGUCGGCGACUUUCGACGACAACGGAGUCGAAAUGAUCGACCUUUCGUGAGCGACCUCGUUUCCAGAUGAGUGGCACUGGGGCUAUGGCUGUAGAUUCUCCGGGCUAGUGAACAAACGAAAAUGGUUGACGAAGCAAAUGAAUGGAC